AUGAGCGCCGCCGCCGCCAGCCACGGCGGAGGGGGUGAGGCCCGCGAGGUGCUCACCGACGCACAGAAGGAGGCUUGCGAAGCGAAAGUGCGCGUUGACACCGCUCAGACAUUCCGCUCUGCCGACGGCGACGACGAGACCGAUGCGCUCACGCGAAAGCUCGCGUCGUACGUGGCGCUCACACUCGCGUUUGCUGAGUCGGUCUUCGACUCUCUGUCGACCGUCCUUGUGCUCGGCGUGGCCAUGCCUGUGCUCCUGGGCUUCGUCUACGCGAUGCUCCUCUACUUUCUGGCGGGCUUAGUCAUCUGGCUGUUGGUUACGCUCCUGAUCCUUGGCAUGUGCUUCCUCGACUUUCUCCUCUGCGCGCACGCUGGUUGGAUUGUCCUACCCUCUUGGCUCGUCGGCCCAGCCAACUCGACUGCUGUCCUCUCCGGUUCCGGUGCCGAGGUGGCGCUCCUCGGCGGCGAUUCGUCCGCUUCAAACGAGGACCUCUACGGAUUUCUCGCCGUGGUGGCUCUCGCAGUGACCCUGAUGCUGCUGCUCUGGAUUUGCUUUUCCUACAAGGCCAUCGUGCGCACCAUCGCCAUCACGGAGGAGGCGACUAAAGUCUUCUCGACGCUACCUGCCUUGAUGGUGUGGCCGUUCGUCGAGCUGACCUUUUUGAUUGGCGCCCUCGUCUACGGUAUCUUUGCACUCGCGGUCAUAUGUCACCCGUCCGUCUGGGGGGGCGACUCGCUGACGGCGCUCUUUGCGGUUUGCCAGGUCGCCGGCACCCUCUGGAUGAUCCAAUUCAUCCACGCUUGCGACUACACGACCAUGUCUGCCGCCGUUGCCUACUGGUUUGUGACCACCAACGCGCAGAACGAUGGAUGCUGCGGCGCGGAAAAGUGCUGCAAGGGGUGGGCUGGAGCGGACGGCAACUGCCUCGUCAAGAUGGCCUUCCGCUGCGCCAUGUGUGCGCUCUGGUGCCUCGAGAAGUCCAUCGAGUUCGUGUCGUAUUACGCCUACGUCAACAUUGCGAUCGACGGCACCUGCUUCUGCGUCGCGUGCAAGGAUACCUUUGGACUCAUCAUCAAGUACCCGGCGCAGACCGCCGUGAACAAUCUCGUCAAGAGGCUGCUGUGCGGUGUCUUGCUCGGCCUAUCCACCCCUUGCAUCGCUGCGGUUGCAACGUUCCUCUAUCUCGACGGGCAAGAAGAUUUCACCGAGAAGCACACGCCGCUCUACCCUGCUGGGACCGUUUUUGUCCUCGCUUUCUUCGUCGCAGGAGGCAUCUCCAACGUCUUCGAGGCGAUUCUCGACACGGUUUACCUCUGCGCCUUCCAGGACAUGGAUCUCAACUCACCACCAAUCUACCUCUCCGACUCGAUGCGAGAGGCACUUGGCGUGGACGCUGCUGAGGAGGAGGCAGGCAAGAGCGCCGACUACUACAAGAAGGCGUCAUCGGAUGCUGGGAGGGGGAAGGUUCAGCCCUCCGUGGGAGGUCCGGGGGGUUCGAUGCUCUGA